AUGCGCACUACCCAUGCACCCAACCAUUUGAUUAAGAUCGUGCGAUUAGAGCAUGAAGAUCAAUUCUAUGCCGAUCUGACAAUUAGAGCAAUAUUAGCCUGGAAAACCCCUCUGUUUGCACUGCAUUUUUAUCAGACAGGAUUAUUACAUUGUGUAUCGGACGUAGCACUGGAUAACGCUGUAGAAACACUAAGAAGUUUCCAGGAAAUGGUGGAGAGGCAUUUACUAGUCAAGCUUCAUGUUGUUCCUAUCAAAGGAGGAGAUGAUGUCCGCCAGGUUUACCAGCAGCUGAUACAUGAGCCUUUGAUGAUUAUGCCAAUCUAUGAAAAGGAUGCAGUUGAUAAGAUUCUCUACAAAAUAACACUAGCUGGUCGCAAAUUUGUUGGCAUCCGCACAAAAAAUGAUCAACCUCAUCACUCCAAGCUAUUGAUAGUCGCAGCUGGAGCAGGAGCUGGGUGCUUAGCUCUACGAGUCGGUCAGCAGGUGACGGCCAAAUCAUGGUCAAUCGCCUAUAAUCAGCUCACUAGCGAUGAAGUAUCCGUCCUACAUGGAGUUCCAGUCACUCAAGCCCGAAAUCUGAAUCUCUUUUUCGAACCAGAUCUCAAGACCGGAAUGUCUCAUGCGCCUUAA